GGAUAGAGCACUUCCUGAACGGAAUGGUCGACUAUCUCGAAAACAUGACCGAGGAGGAGUUCAAACGACACAAGGAGGCACUGGCCGCCAUGAAGCUGGAAAAGCCCAAGAGGCUAUCGUCUCAGUUUACGAAAUUCUUGAACGAAAUCGCUUUGCAGCAAUACCACUUCAACCGGGCGCAGGUGGAGGUGGCCUUCUUGCAAACGCUCACCAAGCAGCAGAUCGUUGACUAUUACAAGGAAUACAUCGUGAAGGACGCCUCCCUACGACGGUCGCUCUCGAUCCACGUAGUGUCCACUGCCGAGGGUGGUGCCGGUCACAAAGAUGCCCCGGCUGACGUGGCCAAACAAUCAACCGACGACGCCAGCACACAGAAAGACUUCGUCAAAGUUGGCGACCUGGCCGGAUCCAAAUCCACCCGAGCCCUGUAUCCCAUGGUGCAGCCAUACAUCGACAUCAAACCAAAGGGCAGUAAGUGUAAGCUUUAAACGAAUGUUUGUCUGUUGUUCGAAGGUUCUUUCCAGAGUCAAUAGUUUUCUUUCUCAUUGAGUAACGUGCGGUGCUGAUGCAGUCAUCCAAUUUUUAAACAAUGAGGUCGUUUUUUGUAUACUAGAUAUUGCGUGUUAUUUUGUAGAUAGUUUUUUUUCGGUUGUACAUUUUCGUGACAAUUUAGUUUAACUCGGGUUUCAUUGUGCUGAAGAAGAAUGUCUGACAUUCGCUAUUGAU